CUGCAAACAUGAUCAUCAGCCACAGCCAAUAAGUAUAAGCGCGGAUCGAGCUAGCUAGCUAGCCAGCUCGGAGUCGGAGCACGCCUAGACACCACCAGGCUAGCAGCAAUGGCGGCUCGGCUCGCCGUCGCGUUCCUCGCCGUGUCCUCUGCCUUCUUGGCCGUCUCUGGCCAGAAGUUCAACGCCAUCUUCAGCUUCGGCGACUCCAUGUCCGACACCGGCAACCUGUGCGUGAACGGUCCCCCCGCCGGCCUCACUCUCACCCAGCCCCCCUACGGCGAGACCUUCUUCGGCCGCGCCACCUGCCGCUGCUCCGACGGCCGCCUCGUCGUCGACUUCCUGGCCGAGAAAUUCGGUCUGCCGCUGCUGAAGCCGUCGAAGCAGGGCGGCUCCGACUUCAAGCAGGGCGCCAACAUGGCCAUCAUCGGCGCCACCACCAUGGACUCUGGCUUCUUCCAGUCUCUGGGCAUCGGCGACAAGAUCUGGAACAACGGGCCCCUCAACACCCAGAUCCAGUGGUUCCAGCAGCUGAUGCCGUCCAUCUGCGGCUCCACGCAGGCCUGCAAGUCGUACCUGUCCAAGUCGCUGUUCGUUCUCGGCGAGUUCGGCGGCAACGACUACAACGCGCAGAUCUUCGGCGGCUACACGCCGGAGCAAGCGAGCGGGCAGAGCGGCACCAUCGUGGACGCCAUCGGCAAGGGCGUGGAGCAGCUCAUCAGCCUGGGCGCCAUGUACGUGGUCGUCCCGGGGGUGCUCCCCGUGGGCUGCUUCCCGAUCUACCUCACCCUGUACCAGACCUCCAACGCCGGCGACUACGACCAGUACGGCUGCCUGAAGCGCUUCAACGCGCUGUCGGCGAACCACAACUCGCUGCUGCAGAGCAAGGUGUCGAGCCUGCAGGCCAAGUACCCAGGCGCGCGGAUCAUGUACGCCGACUUCUACAGCCACGUCUACGACAUGGUCAAGAGCCCUGGCAGCUACGGCUUCAGCACCAACCUCAGGGCAUGCUGCGGCGCCGGCGGCGGCAAGUACAACUACCAGAACGGCGCGCGCUGCGGCAUGUCCGGCGCGUACGCCUGCUCCAACCCGUCGUCGUCGCUCAGCUGGGACGGCAUCCACCUCACGGAGGCGGCGUACAAGAAGAUCGCCGACGGGUGGGUCAGCGGCGCCUACUGCCACCCGGCCAUCUCGGCCUAGAGCGAGCUCCGGGAAUCGGGGGGCUGGUUGGUUGGUGCUGGUGGUGGUGGUUCGUUAAUUUGCUGGCCGGGCCUCUCAAGUUAGGGGAAGGGGAAUCAGAUUAAUUGUAUUUGUUUAGAUGGAAUCGAAGCGGGCAAGAAGAUGAUGGAGGUGAUCAGCAAGAAAUAAUCAAUGGAAGCAUAGUAAUUCUCUCGUGUUCAUCAUGUGACACCAAUGCUAAUACCACUCGUGUAGCAUGCGAUUUUAUAAGGCUAUUUAUGCGUUGAAUUUGAA